AUGUCAGAAAUACCAAAUGGUGCCUCUCUUGAGGUAUCCCCAGCGCCUGAACCUCCUGUAAAUGGAAAGGAAAGUUUAGUGCCAAAAGAAAGUAAUAGACGUGAGAGAACUAUUUCUUCAGCCGCAACCUCUCUAUCUAAUGAAACAAUGGUGUUAACUCCCAGAGAAAGAUUUGCUCGUGUAAUUGAAAAGGUUUUACACACAAUAGAUGAACGAGCCAAACGUGCUGUGCCUAAACACUAUUGGCAUGAAGAAGACUCUGUGGAUGAACUCACUUCUUGUAUGAUUUACGAUGGUCAACAAAAAUUAGAACCUCCUCAUAAUGUGGUAUUAGAUACUAUGAUUGCUAAAGGUAUUCCUGUACACAGUGCAAAGGAACUUCUUUCUUUAUUACAAAACACUGAACAUUUACAUUUACUACGAACAGAAGAAUUAUGUGAAGUGGUACGACUUGCCUUAAGACGUGAAUACAUAAAAGGUGAAGUAAUAUUACCAGCAGGAUCUCAAACUAUGCAUGUGUAUGUUGUGAUUUGGGGUGAAGUGGAUGUGUUUGCCCCAGAUAAAGAUUCCUUACAUAGACAUCAUCAUCUACGACGUCGUCAUUCUCUCUAUUCUCAUCAUUUAAAUAAACGCUCGUUAUUAACAAGUCAAUCUUUUUCAUCUAUUCCAUCCUCUGGAGGAUUUGGACCUUUUGUACCGAGACGAUCGACUCCUAAUUUUGAUUCUCGUUGGCAAACACCAUCGCCUCCUCCAGACCAAGAUGAAGAUUUAUGCAUGACUCACUGUGGGAAAUUAAAACCAGGUAUGUUGUUUGGAUUUGAUGCCUGUGUGUUUGAGGAAAGUUCAGCUUUACAUUAUGUGGCUGGAAAUGAGAGUGAAGUUACCGUAGUGGCCCUUUUACCACUUCCACAAGUGAAGGAACUCUUAAGAGGAAAUGUUUGUCUUGCUCAAAGUGUCGGUCACAGUAUCGCACAGGAAGAUAUAUUUAUUCCUGUACGUGAAUUCUGUCGAUAUGUAUUUGCCCCUACACCUGAUAUGAAUGAAUAUUUACCACUCUGGACUAUUCUAAAUCGAUAUACAAAGAUUAAUAAUGUGAUUCACACAAAAUUAUUUAGUGGUGAAAUUGAUACCGCCGCUUGGGGAUAUGCAUUGAAGCGAUUACCAGAAAAUGUCACCACAACAUUUUGUUUUGAUCUCGUUUUGGCUCUUCCACCUUUUGUGGCCACUCGAAUGCGAGAGGAGGCGAAACGGGCAGAUGUUCAUCGAACCUCAAGAGAUUUUAAACGUACGGAAGUAACAUAUAUUCGUACAAAAGAACGUCGUCGUUGUACUUGGCAUCUUGGAAUGGAAGGGAAAGCUCUUGUAUUGUUGCGAGAUGGGUUUACAGAUCUUUUGGAUUUUCUUUCUAUGUUGUGUGUUCAUAUUAUUGAAAGUAAUAAAUUGCGUAGUCGUGUACAGGGAAUGGUACAUCCACCAGCGAUUGAUGUAUUGGAUGAUUAUUUACGAAAUCGUGAAAUAGAGGAAGUAAAUGGGUGUAAACUAUCCAAAGAAGAAGAAUUAAAUCGUGUGGAAAAAAUAUUAUCUACAAUGCCAUUAGAUAAGAAUGAACAAUCUGGUUUAUUAGGUAUUUGGCAUAGUGAUACACUUGGUAAGAUUUAUGAAGUUAUGAUGCAUCGUGAGGAAUUUAAUGUACGUGUGGAUCCCAGUGUUUCCCGUAAAUUUCAAACAAGUCCAUUUCAUGAAUGGGCAUUAAAUUUACGGGCAUGUAUAAUGCAGAAAAUGGGAUUAGAUCGUAAUUUACCUCCACCGCAUGAUCUUUGUAUUGAUAUUGUAAGUAGUAAUACACAUUGUAUUAAGAAUCUCUUAUCCGGUUUUCAUCGUAAGAAUCGACAUGUUGUGGAGGAAUAUGCGAGAAAUGAUAAACGAUUAGGGAAUAUUGAUGAAUGGCAUACUAUUGAAGAUGCCUUAUAUGCCUCUACCGCUUCUCUCUUGGCAACAGAACGACAAGAGUUAAAGGAAGAAUAUGUACGUGCAUUGGAUGAGAGUGGGAUUACAGUAUUGACAGAUACGGCAAUGACUGGACUUCAAGUAGAUGUCAUUCCUGUACAUGCCUUAAACUUUAAAAAGAUUGAUACCGUUUUACAGGAAUCUCUGAAAGAUUCCGUUUUACAGGAUUCAAUGAGAAGAUCGGUAGGUGAUGGUAUUGAACAGAGUUCUACGGUUUGGCGAAGAGUUUGUCUUCCACGUCGUGGUCCUGGUGAUAGAAGUCAAAACUGUGAUGAUUCUGCCUGUUAUCGUUUAAAUCGACAUUUCAUUAUUAAUAUGGAUUUCGCCUUUGGAGCUCAGGCAGAAGGAAUUUGUCAAGCCAUCUUUAGUGUAUUUGGUUCCCGUAUUCGUAGUGUAAGUGUGAUGGGAAAAGCCGGUGGACUCACUGGUAGAAGAGGCGAUAUUCAAUUACCGCGGGAGUUAGUCAUGUCGAAAUCCAGUCUUAUCAUGGAAGAUGCUCAGGAUGAAUUACGGCGUUGUCGUAAUCAAGAUUUCACUGCCGCGCGAUUACGUGAACUCGCCGGUCCAUCUGUGGAAGUUCACGAAGGAAGAGUCGUCACGAUUGCAGGAACUAUGCUGCAGAAUGUUCGUAUGCUGCAAUUUUAUAAAAACAUAUGGGGAUGUGUGGGGGCGGAGAUGGAGGGAUCUUACUUUGCCCGUGUGAUUGAGGAUAUGUACCGGCAGGGCAUUGCGAAUCCAAAUCUCAUUACUCGCUUUGCCUAUUACACCAGUGAUUUGCCGCUGGCGUGUUUGGAGUCCGCCUCGCGGGGGGGCGGGGGCGAUCAGAGUUUGUCGGCCCCAAUGUCAGCAGCAGAGGGCGUUCCUCCGCUCUACGCGAUCGCACGUGGUAUUCUGGAGAGAAUUCUUUUAACGUAA